AUGCAUUUAACGUAUUUUUUAGUAAUCAUUUUAUGCACUGAAAAUAUUAAAAACAAAAAUAUAUUGGAUUCAAUAUAUUUUAAAAAUUUUGAAAGAUUUAUUGAAGGUCGUCAUUGUCUUUUAAAUAAAAAGCUACUUUUGGAAUUUUUAGGUGACGAACCGUUUGCAACUGAGAAAAUAGAAUUAUUAUUUGAUAUAUGUAGAACAACAUACAGCAUCCUUAAGUUUGAGAAAUAUAACUUAAUUAAACCGAUAUUGAUGAAUACAAGUGUUUUACAUUGUAAUUGCAAUAAUUUAAGCUUAAAAUCAAUAUUAAUUGCUACGUUUACAUCAAGGCUAAAAGAUUUCUGCCUUUUAAGUGAUAUUAAGUAUAAAGCGGCGUUUAUAUCUUAUGGUACAAGAUAUUAUCAGCCGAUCACACUAAUUACAAAAAAUAAAACUAAUAUGAAAAUAAUAAAAGCUAUUACAGAAAAAAUUUACGCUAAGAAGGAUAAUUUUUUCAAAACCUUAAAAUCUCAGUCGCUAAUUUUAGAUGGUAAUCUUAUUUACGAAUUAUUUUAUAUUAUUAGCUUAGCUGAACAAACUCUCUCAAGAUAUUCUACAUCUGAACAAUCUAAUUUAUACGAAAAUUUUUUAAAUUCAAAAUUUAUUGAAACUGUGUUUAAAAUUCAACAAAAUAAUAACUUUCCAAUACAUGCUUUUUUAUUAUUUGAUAAAAAGGAAGAUAAAUUAGAUAGGAUUAAUUUUAAUUGUUUUGAAGAAGCAUUAGAUAUUAAUUUUCUAAACAAUUGUAUCGAUUAUGAUUCUUUUACGGAUGGUAUUAAUUUUAGUUCUUUUAUAAAUUCAACUGAAAAUUUUGACAUUUUUUGUGAUGCAACAAUAAUUUUAAGCUUUGAAUAUGCAAAUUUAUUCUUAGGACUAAUGCAAUGCUAUUCAAAACAUUUAAAACGAAAUAUAUUGUUGAGAGUUGAAAAACAUUAUAACGAUCAGGUAAAUGUAAAAUUUAUCAUUUGCAAUGAAAUGGAAUAUGUAAAAACAAUAAAGGAAUAUUAUGUAAGGGCUUAUAAAAGUGCUUCAGACGUUAGUGCUGAAAUAGAAACUCUUGUAAAAACCGAUAAAUUACACGAAUUUACAACAUUAUUAGAUCUAAAUACAUAUUCAUUUAAACCUAAUGGAACAAAAGGGAUUGAUGGUUGGUUUUAUUGGUUAAAUUGUGGUCAUUUUUUAGGAUUUGAACUAAUUGAUGACUUUUUAACCAAAUUAGAUCAUAAUUGUCAUUUAUGUAGGAAGUUAGUAGGUAUUAAAAUAUGUUUUCAACAUAAAGCAUACAAAGCUUUAUAA